AUGAGUCUCUAUUACACACUGCAGAGGACGGACAGCCGCGGGGAGCCGACACUAUAUCGAGCAUGCGCCCGCAACGAACCCUUAGCUCUGAGAAGAAUUCUGGAGAGAGGGGUCACAAAAGAGGAUGCCUCAGAGCUGGACAUCAAUGGCUGGAAUGGCUUGAUGUUGGCUUGCUGCAAAGGUUUCGUUGAUAUUGUGUAUGGACUCUACGCCUGUCCCUAUAUAGAUGUAAAUCAGCAGGACAACGAAGGCAACACUGCUCUGAUGAUCGCAUCCCAAGCAGGUCAUAUCAACACCGUCAUGUUUCUUCUAAACUACUAUUCUGGCAUAGACACUGAAGUAAGGGAUUGUCGAGGUUUCACAGCACUCAUCAAAGCGGCUAUGACCGGCCGCACUGAGGUAGUGGCUGCCCUCGUCAUGGCUGGUGCUGACAUAGAUGCAGUAGACUCCACAAGAGGAAAAAGCUCUCAGGACUGGGCACUGAAAACAGGGCGCUCUGAGACCCUGCAGCGUCUCCGGCGCCUUACUAUGCGACCAAAAGCUGUGCAGUUCUGUGAGACUUAUAUCCCUGAGUGGCCUGAGCUCAACGAGAGGGUAGCCAAGGCCAAAAUGGGAAAAAGUACCAGGGAGAAAAUCACCAAGCGGAUCAAAAACCCAUUCGGACUCAGAAUACCUCGUGACCCCGAGGACAACGGGGCCUUGGACAACAUGGUGCUCAUGACCACCUGUGUUCACAGUCCACUCAUUUCCACUGGAUGCCGUCCACUCUGCCCUACAAGCCCUCCUGAGCUGGGGAAGAGACGCCUAGCUGUGCCAGAGCUGGUGAAGAAACACCCAGAUAAGGAAUUAGAAGAGAGAUCAGUGUGCCACAGCAACGGCUCAGUAUCACACAUCAAUCCCACAAUCCAAUCUGCUGAGUCCUCCUUAAUGACGUGCUGUGCUGAGGGCGACCGGCGGGGCAGCGUGUUCGCAACAAAAGUCACUACAACAUUUAUUCCCCGCAGUAUGGCAAGAAAAAACAGCGUGUUCCCGUCUGGAUGCGUCCCAAAGAUCGACAUCGUCAGGCCUUCAAAUGCAACACCAAAGAAAGAAAAGAAGAAAAAGAAGAAAGAAAAAGGUUUCCUGGAACUUCCCAAGUGGAGAUACAAGGAGAUCAAGGAUGAGAAAAAGAAGGAGAAGAAGAAAUAUAGCUGA